UUAUUUUCGUGUUCAAAUAUAGGCAAAUAAAAAAAAAAUGAAAACCAGUUUGUAUUUUGGUUUGUUAUGAUACUGCAAGUUGUUUGUUGGGGAUUUGACUUCACUCCUUACAUUACCAUGUUUGGUGAAAAGACAAUGGGAUGAUCAUUCAAAACCAAUAUAUAUAUAUAUGUAUGACUUAUCUAUCACAACAGUUUCAUCUAUAUGCAAGUGUUAUCUUGCUUCCCUUACAAAACAACAACAACAAAAUGGAGGGAAAAGAAUGGAUAUUUGGAUGGUCAUCUGGUUUCCUGUUAUUAUCAGUUCACCUUCUUGAUUUAGGUUGGUGGGAAAAGAAAUAGUCGAUCUGGCGCAAAAAAAAAAAAAAAAAAAAAAA